AUGAGAAAAAAUUGCGACCCUUCCAAAGAGAGCAAAAGAGAGCAUUUGAGGAUCCUGUCAACGAAAGUUCAACAAGAAGAUAAGCAUGAGAAAAAAGAGAAGUUGCCGGAAAAAUUUACUCCCAACUGUGAGGCUCUUAUUCGCGAAGAUGAGCAUGAGCUGCUACGAAUAAAGAAAUACCAAUCUUCGAACAAAAUCGAUUCACUCAGUCUGCCAGACGGUGCAAUCUCAUCUUUUAUUCAUUCAAAAGGCUGCUCAGAAUUUGUCAAUUCCCGCAACUACCGCUUUUUAUCUUCCAACGCUGAUUUUCCCCUUGCGUACUCUUUGGUACUCCAUAAAAAUCCGGGUCAAGCAGAGCGACUUCUAAGAGCGAUCUACUCUCCUGACAAUGUCUACUGCCUUCAUAUCGACGCAAAGGCACCUGAAGAUGUUUUUGAAGAUUUCGAAGCCCUAGCAAGCUGUUUUCCGAAUGUUUUCUUGGCGAAGAAACGUGAGAGCGUCUACUGGGCAUCCUAUGAACGACUGCAAGCUGAUCUGAACUGCAUUGAAGAGCUUCUUCAGCAUGAAGUUCAAUGGAGAUAUUUGAUCAAUCUUUGCGGCGAGGAUUUUCCACUGAAAAGUAACUCCGAAAUCGUCAAUUAUCUCAAAUCCUUGUACCCAAGAAACUCGAUCGAAAGCUACUCAAUGUCCUUGGCUUGGAAUUCCAAAAAGAAAAAGCGAUACGAGAAGCAUUGGGAACUGCGACAAUACUACUCCGACAAAUCGGAAUACAGCUUGCACCCGAGAAUGACGGAUCAAGACAAGAUCCCACCUCCCGGUGACAUUGAGAUAUUUUCCGGAAUGGCGUACAAUUUCUUCACGAGGGAGUUUAUCGAAUGGGCCAGGGAAGAUGAAGAGGUUGGAGAAUUGAUCGAGUGGUCGAAAGAUUCUUUUUCGCCAGAUGAGUUUAUUUGGGCGACGAUUUUGAGGAUGAAAAAUGCUCCUGGGAAUGAAUUUGUUGGGAAGACCCCAUAUCUAGCUCGACUGGUUUUAUGGGAGAACAACGCUAAAAAUCACCGCUGCCGAGGAUAUUACCGCCGAGGAAUUUGCGUCUUUGGAAGUGGCGAUGUUGGCUGGUUGCUGAAAUCUCCAUAUUUUUUCGCAAACAAAUUCGAUGCAGUUGAUGAUUUCGCUCUGCAAUGUCUUGAAGAAGAACUGAGGAAGAGGGACUGA